AUGCCAGCUCCAUAUCAACCAGGUUCCGCUAAGAAGGGUGCAACUCUAUUCAAGACUAGAUGUUUGCAAUGUCACACCACUGAAAAAGGUGGUCCACACAAGGUCGGUCCAAACCUACACGGUGUCUUUGGUCGUCAUUCCGGUCAAGCCGAAGGUUACUCUUACACCGAUGCUAACAUCAAGAAGAACAUCUUGUGGGAUGAACAACAUAUGUCCGAUUACUUGGAAAACCCAAAGAAGUACAUUCCAGGUACCAAGAUGGCCUUCGGUGGUUUGAAGAAGGAGAAGGACAGAAACGAUUUGGUUACUUACUUGGCCAAGGCUUGUAAAUAA